AACGAAAGCGUACCACGUGGGAGAUACAAAGAACAAACAUCCAGUUCGUUAUCUUCUUCUUUAGCUCUGGACAUUGUGCCUUUUCAAGUCUCUCUGUGUCAACAACUAUGGUUUCGAGCGGGGAGAAUUCGAAGGGUGCAGUGCCGAGCUUUAUGCCAAACUGCGUCUUGAUCUCUUCAUGGGUUGCUCAAAAUCCAUUUCUCAAACCUUUAAAGCCGAACAAUCUAGCAUCUCCAAAUUGUAUGAUACACGAGCUGCAUACAUCACUCACUUCUACCGCUGAUAAAUGCUUGAGGUUUCUUCACUUGUUUGCCUCUGAAAAUCCUAUUCUCAAGAGAAUAUUUUCCCUCCCUUCCGAUUUUAGCAACCAUCUCGCCCAGAUUCAAUGCAAGAACAAAUGCAAUGGAAAGUCUGUGUCUAAUCACAAGUUUGCUGCUAUCUUACCUGGCGAUUCAGUGGCAGGAGUUGUGGUGGCUAAUGGCAUUCUCAAUUUUCUCAACAUAUACAACACCCUGUUGAUUGUAAGGCUUGUUUUGACAUGGUUUCCUAACUCUCCUCCUGCCAUUGUUAGUCCUCUGAGCACUAUCUGUGAUCCUUACUUGAACAUAUUCCGCGGAAUCAUCCCACCGCUAGGAGGGACAUUGGAUCUCUCUCCAAUUCUAGCAUUCCUUGUUCUAAAUGCAUUUACUAGUACUGCUGCUGCACUUCCUGCUGAACUUCCAAAAACAAAUGCUUCUCAAGGAAGGUGUACACCCCAGACAAGCUUCAGUAAUCUUACUACAUCACAGAAGAAAUGGAUGAGAAGGCUCUAUGGGAAUAAGUCACAUAGCUCUAACUAAUGGUGCCGAUUAGGCCACUAUCAUCAUAGUCCUCUUUUAGGUAUACAGCUUAUGUAUUUUUAUUUUUUUGCGAUUUUCAAACUCUGGGCAGUCUUAUUCGGCUAAUGAUCGAUUCAGCUUGCUGAAUUAUAGAAAUUCUUUGUUCUUUUUUGUAUUAGUUCUACUAUAUUCUUUCAUGGUUAUGGCAUGAUGAAUAGCAUUCCUGUUGAUUUGAGUGA